AGUCUUUACGGUAAACGCAAUAGCUCGUGUGGGCUUGAGCGCAAACUGUAAACGCGAGACAUCAAAGCAACGGACAACGCAUCGUGGUUCUACUCGUAGAAGAUCUCUGUUUGUGCAAGGUGGAAUGUGUAUGUGAGUUUUUCCUUGGAAGACAUUGGACUAUAUGUUCUAAGAGCUGGAUUUUGAAUUCCGUGUCAAUUUCAUCUGACCACUAAUCCCUCUGACAGCUCACUGAAGUGCCUUCUGCAUACUGCUGCUGUCAUGGCUUCCACACCUCCUCCUCUCAUGAAGAAACACAGUCAGACUGAUCUUGUGAGUCGCCUCAAGUCCCGCAAGGUCCUGGGUGUCGGUGGGGAGGAUGACGACGGGGAAGUGCACAGGUCAAAGAUCAGUCAGAUGUUGGGUAAUGAGAUGAAGUUUGCUUUACGUGAGCCCCUUGGCCUUCGGCUUUGGCUCCUCAUCUCUGCAGUGCUGUUUACAUCUACAUCUCUAAUGGCCCUGGCCUUCCCCAACCAACUUUAUGAGAUCAUAUUUGAGCUCACCACCACCAGAAUCUCCAUCAGACUUUAUGGAGGAUCUCUGCUGUGUAUUUCAUUAAUACUGUGGAAUGGUUUGUACACAGCAGAAAAGGUCAUCAUUCAGUGGACGCUCCUCACAGAAGCAUGUUACUUCGGGGUACAGUUUCUAGUGACAUCCAUCACCCUGUUGGAGAUGGGAACUCUGUCCAACAGUGCAGUUGUCUUGCUUCUUGGUGAAUCCUUCUUCUUCCUCGUCACCUUGAAUUACUAUCAUCACCUCGGUCGUCGCACCAAAAAGAUCUGAGUGAGGUUGAUGAGGUGAUCAGACAGAAUCUUAUGUAUGAUGGGUGGUUUGGCAGGCACCACAGAGGUCUUUGAAUACAGUAGCUAUCCACUUCCAGGACCAAAUGAAUUUAUACUUCCCUCUUUCUAUGUGGACAGUUUCAGUUUGAUGUAAGUACAAUCUCAGUGUAUAGACGACAACAUCAACAAACUUAACUUCCGGUAGACUUCCACAAAGAAUCAAUAACAACCUAGUCUCUCCUAGUGUAGAUUAUUUCUGAUAACAAGCGAAAUAAAUGAACUUAGUUCAAAUAGCUAAAGCGUAUAGACGGUUUCAUUGGACGCACGUGCGCUGACACGAUACACGUCUGGAUCCGAAUUUUACUUCCGGUUACGUUUUUUUAAUGGUCUGACUAGUUGCGAAACUGAUCUCUUGAACAAAUGCCUCAUCGAAAAUAACAAAUGUUUUGGUUACUUGGUAAUCUAUGUGUCGUUUUUUUGCUUGUUAUAUAAAUAAACUACGUUUAAAGAACUUUGUUGUUAUUUAUUCUUAGCGGAGUUUACCGGAAGUUAUGUGCGGACCGCGACAGCCGCUUGUUUAUGUUGUUACUGCUGAAACCGUCUAUAAGCUACUACACUAAGCUAAUGUUACUGUAUAAAAUGUAUGUGUACAAUGUUAACUACAGAUUCUUGCCUUGCUGCCAAAUUGAUUCAUACUCCCAUGAUCCAUGCUCGAAUCUGCUUUCAUCUUUAGGAAGCCAAAGCUUUUUUAUUUAAGACAAAAUAUUUGCUCCAAAGGUCAGUUUAGCCACUAGACAUACCAAUAAACAAACACAGACCGAAAGUUAAAUUCAGAGCGAGGCGCAACACAUGUGCGUCUGAUGAAUUAAAUGUGAAGGGACCAAUGAUUUUAGAUUUUACAUUGAGUUUACCAAAGUGGCUAAUUUAAUGACAAAUUACUGACAAUUUUCUGAGACUGUACAGUAUAGUGUGAUUUAAAAGACACAUAUUUAUGACACAUUCAUGUACAGUUGUGUUAAAAAAAUAGCAGUUUACUUAUAAAAGUGAAAAAGUGCAGGAAUGUUAUAAAUAUAAUUUAUUUCCUUAUUUUAAAUUUAUUGAAAACAUUACACAUUCAAUUCCAAAUCAAAGCAUUAACAAAAUUUAGUCUGUCUUGUUCUGUUAAAGCAAAGAAAACAAAGAAAACUAAGCUGUGCAACAUUUUUCUCUGUAGAAACUUAAAACUGAAGAAAUGUAAGCAUUGUUGUUGAUAACUGCUGCAACCAUCUUCUGGCACCUAAAACAGGUAUUUCAGCCUAGUAUCCACAGUUCUUGUCAAUUUUUAGGUUUUGUUUCAGAAACUGCAUUUUGAAUGUCACCCCACAAGUUUUCAGUGGUGUAAAGAUCAGAGGAUUGAGCUGGCCAAUCCAUAACCUUAAUCCUUUUUGCAUUGAACCAAGAUUUUGCCCUCUUGCUUGUGUCCAUCCCAAUACCAUGAUGGAAUUGUGGCUUGAAUUUAGUACCCGGGCCCCCUGAUUUUACUCUCAUCAGGCCACAAAAUAUAAAAAAAAUUUCUUUGGGCCAGUUGAUGUGAUUCUGCACAUGGCUUUUUUCAACAAUGUUGCUUCACGAGGGCUUCUUGCAAACAGAUGUCUUCAGUACUUACAGAUCAUUUUAGAUCAUCUUUGACCUUUCUAAAGGUGAUGAAAUGCUGAAUCUCUGCAUUCCUGACUAUUCUUUGAUCUGUGACAGUUGCUCGUUUUCUUCCAUGCGCUUUGGGGUUUUGUUGCCAUUUUAAAGCAUUUGGGAUCAUUUUAGCUGAGCAUCCUAAACUUUGCUGAAUUUCUUUAUGUUUUCCCCUCUCAAAUCAACUUUUUAAUCAAAUUGCAUUGUUUCUCUGAGCAAUGACGGAAUGGUCCAUUUUACUUAGAAUAUACUACUACUAAUAACAGUGGUUUAUUAGGAUAAUGAUGUUGCACUGCUAUUUUUUUGAACACAACUGUAUGUCUGAAAUGUUUUUUAAUAAGGAAUACAUUUUAGGAAGGUGGCUGUUUACAUCAUUUUGAAAAAGAGUUUGAUGAACUUAUGGUAUUAUAAUUUAUGUUAAGAAAAUAUGAUUUUCUUUAUUUAUAGCAGACACAAAGAUGGCACAGCUAAGUACAACAAUAUGACAGAAAAGCAACCAGUAAGACAAAACAGUAAAUAACAAUAGGCGUGAAGUGUUGCAUAUGACAAAUAUAGGAUAUACCAAAAAUCUAUUUAAAUGCAGAAUUAAUAUAGACAGUUCAGGUUGUAAACUUCCAGAGUUAUAAAGAUUGAUAAAGAUCACAUAAUUAGGAUUUUGCUGUUUUUUAAGUAAGGCACACAUCAGUGUUUGUUGUGACAUUGUAUGUAUGUAGUAUUAAAAUGCUUAAAGGAACAGUAUGUAGGAUUGUGGCCAAAAUUGGUAUUGCAAUCACAAAACUUGUGGCUAAAACUGGUACUGCAAUCACACAGCUAGUGGCCAAUACACAAAAUGACAACAUAAACAUCAGUUGAGGGCUGCAACUCCACUUUUUAAAUGACAAUAUCCUGGUCAUACCACUAUUGUCAGUGAUAUAAGUAUUUGAAAUGAAAAUUAUUUCUUAAUGUCUAGUGACAUAUCAGGGCCAUUUUAUGAUUAAUUGAUAUACAUUUCUUACAUACUGUUCCUUUAAGAUUACUUUUAAAGGUUAUAUAAUCUGUACCUCGUUAAACAACGUUUUGUACUGUUCUUUCAAGUCAUUUAUUGUGUCUUAAAAUUCAAAUUCUGUAUGGAUUUAUACCAUGUAAUUCUACCCCUACAAUACCGUUUCAGGCAUAAAUGGUCUCCGGGUUUUCAUGAUAAUUAAUAUGCAUGUUAAUGACAUUAUAAGUUUAGCUGUAUUUAUUAAUGGAAUAGUUCACUUCAAAUUGAAAUUCUGUCAUCAUUCACACACCCUAAUUUCUAAAAAAAAAAAAAAAAAGGUAAAAGUAGUGCAUGUGACCUGUGGGCUUUAUUUAAAGACCUCGUAAGCCAGUUGUUAUAAUAAUGUAUUCCCUCUUUUAUAUAUAUAAUUUAUAGACCUCGUAAGCCAGUUGUUAUAAUAAUGUAUUCCCUCUAUAUAUAAAUCUCAGUCUUUACCAAAUGUGACAGAAUUUUAUUUUUGGGUGAGCUUUUCGUUUUACAGCUGUCAUUAUGCACAUCAAAUAGAUUUCUAAUUUAUACUGUAUGUCACAGGAUGUAGAUUAUGUCUAUAGUCAUUCUCGCAUGAACACAGUAGCUCUAAAAUGUAGCACUUUCAUGAAUAUAUAAACUGUCAUUGAAUGAGAUGGUCAUUAGGGGCAAUUUUGUUCAACUGUGUUAAUUUAAAAAGUGUUAAUUUAGUAUGUUGAACUUCACCAUGAAAUAGAUAUCUAUAGUACAUUUUUUUUGAUUAUGCACACAACAUCUGAGCUCAAAUCUGCUACUGCUAGGUAUAGAUUACUAAUUUUUUUGUAUAUUAAUGUAAAGUAAAUUAAUUUGGCUAGAGUCAUGCUAAAUAUGCUUCCAUUUUGAACUGUCAUUUGAUAGAUAAGAUUGUUGUUAGAUCUCAGCAAUUGCUGUAAGUGAAGGAUGCUGGUAAUGCUACAAAUGUUGUCAAAAUAACACUUCAAUCCAGUAAACACAAAUGGUGUUGUAUCACUGGAAAAUGACUGGACCUCAUAAAUAUUUGAUUAGAAAUUAUUUCAAAUAUUUUGUUUAUUGGUGACCAUAAAAACAACUGCACUUAGACAGUACAGUGCAUAUAAUGUGUUUAUGCUCUGAUUUGCUCAUUUCAGCAGUUUAUUUAUUGUGCUUUAGAAAGAAAGUACUGUUUGUUUAUAUUACACAUCUGUGUUUUUUUAAUAUAUGAGCUGUUUAUUAUUAUUCAGAUGAUUAGCCAGACAAUGGAUCGUGAUUUCAUAUUGACAUUAAAGCACAGUUUAUACACAUGACCUGUUAUAUUUUGCUUUGUAAAUAUUUGAUUUUUGAAUUUGUUUUAUUUUGAAGAAAGAUGAUCAUAAUGCCAGUUGCCGAAUCUUUUAGGCUUCAUUAAAAGUUUUUUUAUGUUUAAGAAACUGUACACACAUGUAUGAAAUGCCUCUUGUUUACUUUUUGUAGAGAAACAGUGAUUGUGCUUAAUGAAUAAAUCUAUAACGUUUUUCAAAUGGAAA